GCUUGUAGAAAGUGAUGCUGUGCAUGCAUGCACUCUGCCAUGCAUAUGCUAGCUAGCUCUAUAAAUUGGUGCAACUAGCUAUUGGUUGCUUAACUCCAUCAUUUGAUCGAUUGAGCUUAGUUUGCAUCCGAGAGAUCGUCGUUUUGGACAUUCAUCAUCCAUGGCUAGAGAGAUGGAAAACACAAGAAAGGCCACCUCUCCUAAGAGCUCGGUGACUAGCCCAGGUCCCAAGAGCCCGGUAAGGAACGGAGGGUCUCAACCUCAUAAGAAGAAUAUUACCGAGCCACGAGGUCGGAAAAACGAACAAGAAAGUAUCCGUAAAGGAGGUCAUCAAGACAUGACCACUCAUGAUGAGAUCAAACGUCGUUCUCCAACCUCACAAACAUCGCCCAAGAGAUCAACAAAACACGAGCAGCCACUGAGCUACUGCAGGCUUCACACCGAGGAGAGAGCAAUAAGACGAGCUGGUUACAAUUACCAGGUUGCAAGCAAGAUAAACACCAUGGACAUAAUUCGGAGAUUUGAGGAGAAGCUAUCACAGGUGAUGGAGGAGCGUGAAAUCAAGAUGAUGAGGAAGGAGAUGGUUCCAAAGGCCCAACUUAUGCCAGCGUUUGACAAGCCAUUCCACCCACAAAGGUCGAGGAGGCCCCUUACGGUUCCCAAGGAGCCCAGCUUCCUGAAGCUGAAAUGCUGCAUAGGCGGAGAGUUCCAUCGCCAUUUCUGCUACAACGGCAGCGGAGCCAAGGCCAUCACCAACUGAACGGAUACAAAGAAGCCUUUUUUGCCCUGGGCUCGCAGUUACUGCCAAUCGUUUCUUUCACGUAGCAUCCGUAGGACGGGACGGUUAAUUUGCUCGAUCAUGUAAAUCUUUUCCCUUUGAAUUUUUUGCUUUCUCAUCUGAUGGUCUCUCUUGGUCGUCUUUGUCGAUGUCUCUUCUUUUCUUGAUAUAUAUUUCCUCUUUUCGCUUUUGACAUUCGUCACUACUAAAGACUAGGUAGGAGAGGUUAAAGGCUCGAUCUAUCGUGGAUCAGGAUGCAUAUGUAUAGCUCUGUGUACGGUAUGUCGUCUCUGGAUCUGGUGAUGAUAAUAAUGCAUGAUAAAAGCUCGCAUUUGUAAACCAUGAGUAAUAAUGUUGAACCACGCGCGCC